CUUUUUUGAUGUGUUUUUGUUUGCACAAACGAGCAGGAAGAAGCUGUAGUCCUUUUGUCCAUCAUGGGCAAAGGCGGCGAGGACGGUAAAGGCCGGAAGGGUCGAGACCGCGACAAAGGAGAUUCCGGGCGCUCCGGUGGCUGGAAGGGUGAUGGGAAAUGGUGGCCUGAUGAAGAUAAAGGCCGUGCCAAGGCAGGAAUGGGGGGUGAUGGGCGAUGGAACGGACUGACUCGGACUGUGCUCAACUGGUGUUUCUCCAGGAAGGCAAGAGAGGGAAGAAGGGCGAAAGGGACUGGCGAGACUGGCGCAAAGGCGAAGAGUGGGUGCCGAAAGAGACGGGACGAAAAGGAAAAGCUUCGAGCGGCGAGGAGAAGGAAUACCGGGACUACCGAGACGAGUACCGGGACGAGUACCGGGACGAGUACCGGGAGUACAGAGAAAGUAAAGAAAGCCGUAGCCAGCUGAGCAGUAGCGCGCCAGACUUUAUGCCUGGACUCUACGACUACAGCUCCCUAGCUUACUGGCAAAUCGAGAUGCCUCCCUUGUGGCAAGAGUUUGCAGACAAGGAUGGCACCAAGUACUACUACAACGCCAAGACCGGCCUCACUCAAUGGGAGAAGCCUUCCGAGAUGGAGCCAAAGGGCCUUGAUGGCGGACGUCGGCGGAACGAGGAGGAGCUCAAAAAGAUGAGGAAUGAGGAAGGGCGAGAUGCCCGAAAUGAGGACAGGAACCAUCACGGCAAAGGAGAAAAAGGAGAUGGCAAAGAUGGCAAAGGCAAGAAGCGGCGGAAUCCUCGUUCUGAGCCCAAAGAGAAGGAGCCGAGCUUUGGCCCUCCAGGCUGCAACCUCUUCGUCUUCCAUCUACCGGAUGAUUGGACCGAUGAGGAUUUGUUGGAAUACUUUGCGCCCCAUGGGAAUGUGGUGAGCGCCAAAGUCAUGAAGGAGCUGGGCACCGGCCGGUCGAGGGGCUUUGGCUUUGUGAGCUACGAGGACCGCGUCAGCGCUGCGACGGCGAUCAAGAAGAUGCAAGGCUACAAGAUUCUUGGGAAGCGGCUCAAAGUGGAGUUCAAGAAAGGCGAAGGUGAUGGGAAGGAAGACAAGGAAGAGGAAAAGGCCACCGGCGACGACGAGCGGCUAAUUGGCUAUUUGAGAGCCAUCUCAGCCAAGUCUGUGGUGCAGUCGCUCAAGGAGUCCGAAAAGGAGGAGAAGACCUUGGACGACAUGGCCGAUGGCGAGGAUGAUUAGAAGGAGCUGGCAAGUUGGUUCUUUCGUUUGUUUUUUGCUUUCCGCCUAGAUCUACAGGAUGUCCAGUCUUUCAAUGUAUCAAUCAGGACUCAUCCAUGUUCUUUCGCCAGAGUGUUGUAUCAAGGACCCACAGGGGGGGAAGGUAGGUCACAACCUUUGGUGGCAGCGAUUCUGAAGAAAUAUCCAGAUACAGCUGGAGAUCAAGACCACCAGAGAGAAUCAGCGGAGUUUGGCCACAGACCAAGACUGCUCCGAUCAUGUUUUCGCCUGAUUUGUCUCACUGCCGCACAGAUGAGGCGCGGGAAACUCGCGGUGAAGCCAAUGAAAAUGGUGUCCUCGUGCUCUAAUGGUUGGUUCACGCCAGGGUGCAAAACGAGGCUCCCAGAAGCUCCAAAGAAAGUGGGUAUUGGUUGGAAAUUGAAACCAAGACUCCUUCGGCAUGAUAAAUCGUGUUAGAAGAAAACAGCUUUUCUCGGAAAAGCGACACUGAGGUGGUGGAGUUUGGCGCUGGCACCGGGCACUUGGGCCUUUUGGUGGCCACGUUGCGUCCGG